GUAGGUAGCAGAUAGGGAGAUGGGUGGAUGAGGAAGAAGUAGGCUGCACAAGAGCCUCUUAGAUUUGGAGCGGUGAAGGGUAACGGGAGGCCGGGGGGUGUUGUGUGUACUGACAAGAACUCAGGCUUAGCUUCCAGAGCCUCUGGGCCGCCUUCCUCCUGCCAGCACCCAGCUGCAAGGCCUCCCUCUCCUCCAAGGUGCAGCAUGUGUCCGAGGGGAUGGCUUUGACGGUCUUUCCACUCGGAUGCUCUAUGACUCAACCGUUGCAAUGCGUAUCCACAGGCGGUGAACUAUUCUAGACCCUUCCUUCCAGUGCUCACUGUUUACUUCCUCUGCACUUCCCCUUCCUGCCUCCCAAGCACGGGUCAGCUCCGGGGGCCUCAAUGGGUGUGUUAACCCUGUCCUUGCAGCGUGUUUGUCCCCCGCGCUCUCCAGGCCGGGAUUCUGCAGCAAGGGCGGUGGGGGUGGCUUCGGCUUCAUUCUUCCAACUUUCCUGGAGCCUUUGCCCUGGUCUGGGCACGAUGCCAGAUGACCAGGGAGUGGAAGGCAGUAGCAGAGUCCCAUGGUAGCCAGGUGGGUGACGGGGAACGAGGACGCACCACCUGCCCUGAAGAAGACUCCCUGUGACCUGCCAAGUGCUCCCAAGAGCUUGACAAUGGACACCAUUCACAUCAGCAUGUCCAGCGCCCCCCUGGUGAAGCACACUGCAGGGGCUGGACUCAAGGCCAGCAGACCCCGAGUCAUGUCCAAGAGCGGACACAGCAAUGUGAGAAUCGACAAGGUGGAUGGCAUCUACUUGCUGUACCUGCAGGACUUGUGGACCACUGUCAUUGACAUGAAGUGGAGAUACAAGCUCACCCUGUUUGCUGCCACCUUUGUGAUGACCUGGUUCCUUUUUGGAGUGAUCUACUAUGCCAUCGCGUUUAUCCACGGAGAUUUAGAACCCAGGGAGUCUCUCUCCAAUCACACCCCCUGCAUCAUGAAAGUGGACUCGCUCACGGGGGCCUUUCUGUUUUCCCUGGAAUCCCAGACCACCAUUGGCUAUGGAGUCCGUUCCAUCACAGAAGAAUGCCCUCAUGCCAUUUUCCUGUUGGUGGCUCAACUGGUCAUCACCACCUUGAUCGAAAUCUUCAUCACAGGUACCUUCCUGGCCAAAAUCGCAAGACCCAAAAAGCGGGCGGAGACCAUCAAGUUCAGCCACUGUGCGGUCAUCACCAAGCAGAACGGGAAGCUGUGCCUGGUGAUCCAGGUGGCCAACAUGAGGAAGAGCCUGCUGAUCCAAUGCCAGCUCUCAGGCAAGCUCCUCCAGACCCACGUCACCAAGGAAGGGGAGCGGAUCCUCCUCAAUCAGGCCAGUGUCAAAUUCCAUGUGGACUCCUCUUCUGAGAGCCCCUUUCUCAUUUUGCCCAUGACAUUCUACCACGUGUUGGAUGAGACCAGCCCCCUGAGGGACCUCACACCCCAAAACCUCAAGGAGAAGGAAUUCGAGCUGGUGGUUCUCCUCAACGCCACUGUGGAAUCCACCAGUGCUGUCUGCCAGAGCAGGACAUCUUACAUCCCAGAGGAGAUCCACUGGGGUUUUGAGUUUGUGCCUGUGGUUUCUCUGUCCAAAAACGGCAAGUACGUGGCUGAUUUCAGUCAGUUCGAGCAGAUCCGGAAGAGCCCAGAUUGCACCUUUUACUGUGCGGAUUCUGAGAAGCAGAAACUUGAGGAGAAGUACAGGCAGGAGGACCAGAGGGAUCGGGAGCUGAGAAGCCUGUUGUUGCAGCAGAGCAACGUCUGACUGGGCACCGCCCGGGCUCACCUCCAGAGCUGUCUCCACGCCGGGCUCCCUGCACACACGUUUGCUCUGAGAAGGAAAAUGUGUGGACACACGCUGCCCAACAGUGUGGACGUGCUCAGGCCACCUGUACCUUAAAUCUGGUGCCUGAAGGGCUUCCGACUGGAGAGGGUUCUUUUGAAGUGCUUCCUUGGAAGUGAAUUCCAAGAAUUCGAGUUUUCUAAAGUGGGGACGCCUUGCAAAGAACUGGGUGUAGGGCAACAGCAAUGAGGUCCUGCGCGAUGGACAGACAUUGAGCAAUGCUGAUACUGAAAGGGAAUGCAUUUCUCUACAGGAAUAUCAGCUAGAACAUGAGGUAUUUAUUUCAUCCGAGUAUCAAAGGCAUUACAGUCAAGGGUUGAAAUGUGGUUCAGUGUUCACUUGUAUUAUUGCUCUCAAAUGCAUUCUUUUUGACCAGAGACUAUGUUAUAUAUAAUGAUGACGAUCUGGUAAUGAAUGCCCCAAGAGGGACGAUACUCACAAAAUACGGUCGUUCCAUUUUCGCCAUUCUUCAAAGACUGAACUGAUCAAGGCAGGAAUUAACAAUUGCAAAAACACGUCCAUGUCCCGAUGUUGUCGUUUCCACUGACUUUUUUGUUGGGAUGUCUGAAGCCCCUUUCUAUGAAAAAAUGAGAUUGACAGAACAGUCACACAGCAUUAUCUAGGGGCUUAUGAACAACACGGGUCAUCAGGUCCCAGCUGAACUUGCAGGACCAGCAUCC